UCGACACCGGCUUGAUUCUUGUCAUUCCGCGUCACGGACAAACAUGAGCUCGUUUCCGGGUCGAAUGAAGGAAUAUCCAUACAUUUCUCUGGAUCGCUUCGACCACGAGAACUUGCACGCGCGCGCCUACUUCCUGUCGCACUGUCACAAGGAUCACAUGAGGGGGAUAAAAGCACCCAAGCUGAAGAGAAGACUGCGCUCCAGCCGUCGAGUCAAACUGUACUGCUCACCGGUGACCAAAGAGCUCCUCCUGAGCAGCCGCAAACACCUCUUCUGGGAGGAAUUCAUUGUUCCCUUGGAGCUGGAGAGUCCGACUCAGAUUUCGCUGGUGGACGAGGCGUCGGGAGAGAGCGAGGAGGUGGUGGUGACGCUGCUCCCCGCCGGACACUGUCCCGGCUCCGUCAUGUUCCUGUUUGAAGGUCGCCACGGCAACGUGUUGUACACGGGAGACUUCAGGCUGGCCCUGGGGGACGCCGCCAGGAUGGAGCACCUGCACUCGGGCAGCCGGGUGAAGGACAUCCGCAGCGUCUACGUGGACUCCACCUUCUUCGACCCGCGCUUCUACCAGAUUCCUUCCCGGGAGGCGUGCGUGAGCGCCAUCUUGCGUCUGGCCGGCGACUGGAUGGCCCGCGGCGCCCUCCACGUGCUUUGGCUCAACUGCAAGGCGGCCUACGGCUACGAGUACUUGUUCGCCCGCUUGGGCCGGGAGUUCAACACGCGGGUGCACGUCAACAACCUGCAGAUGUUCCGGAGGAUGCCGGAGAUCCUGAGCUACGUGACCACCGAGCGUCAGACGCAGAUCCACGCCUGCCGACACCCGAAGGGCGAGAAGUAUCUCCGCGGCAACCGGCUGCCGUGCGGCUGCCGGUCCCGCGACGGCGCCGACCUGCGCGUGCUCAGCGUCAAGCCCACCACCAUGUGGUUUGGCGAGAGGAUGCGCAAGACCGACGUGCUCAUCAAGUCAAAGACUUCCUGUCCUAUCUGCGACCCGCGCGGGUUUUCGCCAACGUGGUCCCGAUGGGGUGCACGCUCGCCGAAGUCACGCGCAUGUGAGUGGCCCGGCCCGGCCCGACAAACGUUGGGACGGCGCAAAAGUCAGCGCUGCGCCCGUGUUCCGGCAGGCUGCAGACGACGUGCAGGAAGCGGCCGCGGGACGACCCGGCUUACAAACCGCUGGGCUUGCUCAAAGGCCGGCGCGCCGCACCGACGCCCCCCCGCGAUGGGCAGAGCGACGACGACGACGACGGCCUCUUUGACGGCAGUCCGCCCAAGAAAAAGCCGCCGCAGCGUCGGCGCCUCCCCGACGAGCGCGGAGGGCGGACGCCGCCGCCCCCCGCCCCCGAGGAAGACUCGCCGCCGCAGCCCGUCGCGGGCGACGCCGACCGCGAGGAGCGCACCGCUAACUUCCUGGACUGCACCGAGUCCAACGACGACAGCGAGGAGGACGGCCGGAGCGAGGAAGACGAGCAAAGCGAGGGAGACGAGAGCGGGACAAAAUGGCGCCGCCGGACGGGAAGCGAGCCGCCCAAAUGGGAGGACUUCUUCGCCGCCGAGCCGCUCCCCGACAGCCAGAAGAGCCUCGACGGCCAAUCGCCCCCCGGCCGGCGCGCGCCCGAAGCGUCCGGCGAGCGGGAAGACGACGUCGACGACAUCGAUGACGUCGACGUCGACGACGACUUUUCCCUUUCGCUGUCCGCCUCGGCGUCCAAUCAUUCGUCGCAGAAUCGCGAGGCGGCGGAAGCGGACGAGCCGACGCCCCCCCGCUUGGACUUUGACAUUCCCUGCACGCCGGACUCCAAAAGGCCCUCACCCGAGCAGCUGACGGCCCUCUACAGGAAAUUGGCCCGCGGAGACGACCUUUCCUCUGCUGACUGAAGCCCACAAAGACGAAGACUCAACGACUGCGCCAUCAAUCCCAAAACAACACAAAUAAAAGAGUUUUUC